GCUGGAAGAUGACGUAGCCGGGGGCGUCAGGCUCUGUGUUGGUUGGAGGCAGCAUGUGGGUCUGCAGCACGCUGUGGCGGGUGCGAACCGCCGCCCGGCAGUGGCGGAGGCUGCUCCCAGCUUCUGGCUGUCACGGACCUGCCGCCUCCUCCUACUCUGCAUCCGCCGAGCCUGCCCGGGUCCGGGCGCUUGUCUAUGGGCACCACGGGGAUCCAGCCAAGGUCGUCGAAACUAUAAUUCCUGGGCACACAUGGCAGCUCAGAAAUGUUGCCUGACCUACUUUGGGGAGAUGAUUUGAGCGAAACACCCAAUCUAGCCUGGAUGACAUGAACAUCUCCGUUUGGCUUUGUGCUUAGACUCAAGAACCUGGAGCUAGCUGCUGUGGAAGGAUCAGAUGUCCAUGUGAAGAUGCUGGCAGCCCCUAUCAAUCCAUCUGACAUAAAUAUGAUCCAAGGAAACUACGGCCUCCUUCCCGAACUGCCAGCUGUUGGAGGGAACGAAGGUGUUGCACAGGUGGUAGCAGUGGGCAGCAAUGUGACCGGGCUGAAGCCAGGAGACUGGGUGAUUCCAGCAAAUGCUGGUUUGGGAACCUGGCGGACCGAGGCUGUGUUCAGCGAGGAAGCACUGAUCCAAGUUCCGAGUGACAUCCCUCUUCAGAGCGCUGCCACCCUGGGCGUCAAUCCCUGCACAGCCUACAGGAUGUUGAUGGACUUCGAGCAGCUGCAGCCAGGGGAUUCUGUCAUCCAGAAUGCAUCCAACAGCGGAGUGGGGCAAGCAGUCAUCCAGAUCGCCGCAGCCCUGGGCCUAAGAACCAUCAAUGUGGUCCGAGACAGACCUGAUAUCCAGAAGCUGAGUGACAGACUGAAGAGUCUGGGGGCUGAGCAUGUCAUCACAGAAGAGGAGCUAAGAAGGCCCGAAAUGAAAAACUUCUUUAAGGACAUGCCCCAGCCACGGCUUGCUCUCAACUGUGUCGGUGGGAAAAGCUCCACAGAGCUGCUGCGGCAGUUAGCGCGUGGAGGAACCAUGGUAACCUAUGGGGGGAUGGCCAAGCAGCCCGUCAUAGCCUCUGUGAGCCUGCUCAUUUUUAAGGAUCUCAAACUUCGGGGCUUUUGGUUGUCCCAGUGGAAGAAGGACCACAGUCCAGACCAGUUCAAGGAGCUGAUCCUCACACUGUGCGAUCUCAUCCGCCGAGGCCAACUCACAGCCCCUGCCUGCUCCCAGGUCCCACUGCAGGACUACCAGUCUGCUUUGGAAGCCUCCAUGAAGCCCUUCAUGUCUUCAAAGCAGAUUCUCACCAUGUGAUCAUCCCAAAAGAGCCGGAGUGACGUGAGAGGGGAAGCAGAUCUGAGGGGCUGGGUGCAGGCCCCUCAGUCGGGGUUCCCACCUUCCCCAGACUACUGCUCUCCUCACUGCCUCUUCCUAUUAGGAGGAUGGUGAAGCCAGCUGUGGUUUUCCCCAGGGCCAGCCUUAAGGUAUCUAAUAAAGUCUGAACUCUUCCUUCCAAAAA